AUGCAGGCCAUGAUUGAGGCGACCUUCCGCCCCGUAGAGUUCGCGCUGGGGCCCGAGAACGUGUCAGUCUUGUGCCCCGCGCACAAACUCGAGAAAUGCGCGGACUGCGACGUGGACUACGUCGGCAUGAACCGCCUGUCGCGUACAUUGAACACGAAUACGAACCUCCGCUGCCCACCACCUCCCAACAUGGUUAACAAGCAGCUCAGCCAGGCGGUCACCAAUACGAAGGAAGAGGGAAACGCCCUGUUCAAGGGCGGAUUGUAUGACAAGGCUAUCCAGCGAUACACAAUGGCCGCAAACGUCGCAACUCAGCGCGCGCCCUGGGAACACCAAGUUCUCUUGCGCGAAGAGCUGGCUACUGUCCUUUCCAACCGUGCCGCUGCCUACCUCGAGGCAGGAGACUACAUUGCAUCCCUCGUCGACGCCGAGAUCGUCAUCCAAUUGCGACGUAACUGGAGCAAGGGAUACUUCCGGAAGGCAAAGGUGCUGCUCAAGAUGGACCGAAUGGGCGAGGCGAGGGAAGCUAUUCAGGUCGGCUUGGCCUUUGAACCCGAGAAUAGGGUUUGCCCUUUCAUUCACGUAACUUGUCUGCGUUUGCUAACCUCAGUUCCACCCCAGGAACUGCAAGAGAUCCUUGCAAGGAUCGACUUCUUCCUCGCCAAAAAGGAACAAGGGCAGCGGUCUAUUGAAGUAACAUCAUCGAGCUCGCAGUCGCUCGUACCUCCCGCAUCGUAA